CAGUGUGUGUGUGUAUGUGUGGGCUAAGACAGGGUGAGAAUGGAAGUGUGAUCGAAAAAGGUAGAAGAAGUCAAGGAAACAGACAGGAAGAGAGAGAAAGUGUCACGCCUUUGCUCUCAGUGCGCGAAUCACACAUCCUAAACAUUUUCGCGCAAACUUGCAGAGAGUUGUCCUUACCGGCGCGCGGACCGCGCUCGAGGUGAGAACGAGCGAGAGAGAAAAGAAAUAUUUAUGUAUAUCUCCUGGAUGGCGGACUCCCGCUUCCCUCGAGCUGGCGGGCCGGGAAUCACGCGCCAUUGAAGAGGGGGGUGGAGGUGGGGGGGGUGAUAGUGUGCAUGCGCUUUGGCUCCACUGCGUGCACACUCGGGUCGGUCGAUGUGAGCACAGUGGCGUGGCUCUCGGCCUCCAUUUGCCAGUUUGUGUUUAUGUUCGAGGGAUUCUCCGAGGCCCUUUUAACGGCGACGGCGACGUGCAACAGUUGGAGCUUCGCCGCUGAACGAUACUGUUGCCUCGCUGCGGUCGGCCACGAGGUACCGAAGCGACGCUGAAAGGUGUCUCAUGCAGUGUGAUGAUCAGAGCCACCGGUGAUGUCCGCCUUAGACUCUGAGCUCCCACCCAUGGAGGAAAACCAGGCAGUGGAAGGUGAGAAGGGCACCUUGCUUAAUGCGCCCUUCUCCGCUCCUCCUGCUUCCAUUGCUUCUUCAGCUCCUGCGUUCCCAACCUUGACAAGACCUAAUUUCACUAGUGAUACAGUGAUUGAGAGCAAAGCUGUCUCCAUGGCGAGUAAUGAUACCAGUGCUGCUGUUUCUUCACCUGCUGAAGCUAGCCCGGCUAAAUCUGCAGUAACAUCAGCUUCUACCUUGGAAGGAACUGUUGAAAAAAGCCCAGAAGCCUUGCAUAUAACAUCCGCAUCAGACUCCCUAACGUGCACGGAAACGAGCAUCGUCAAUAUGCCUGAAUCAACACCAUGGUCAUCUGCGUUGCCCGCGACCACAUUUGGCAACACGGACAUGGAAAAAGACUUUCCUGCGGUGCUGACCUUCAAAGGUGUCAGUGUUGUUUUGGAAAACAACAACGUGUGGAAGCAGUUCUACAAGUGUGGGACCGAGAUGAUUCUCACUAAGCAGGGCCGACGCAUGUUCCCGUACUGCCGAUACCGCUUGACUGGCCUGGAUCCCAAUCAGCAGUACAGUCUGGUGCUGUCCAUAGUCCCAUCGGGUCAGUACAGGUACCGCUGGAGUGCAUCCAGAUGGGAAGUCACCGGGCGAGCAGAACAUCAAAACCAAGGUCUGAUCCGGGCAUUUUCACACCAUUACUCACCCUGUCGCGGCUCAGAUUGGAUGAACAGCUUGGUGUCCUUCUACAAGCUCAAACUGACCAAUAACUCCCAAGACCAGGAUGGUCAUAUAAUCUUACACUCCAUGCAUCGCUACAUUCCUAGGCUUCACAUAAUACCUGUUCCAGAUGGAGGCAUGCCCACAGCUGACAAGCCUGUAGUUAUGGGACAUGAAAGCAUGACUUUUACUUUUCCACAAACUGAAUUUAUGGCUGUGACGACGUAUCAGAACUUUCGGAUUACCCAGCUGAAAAUUAAUCACAACCCGUUUGCAAAGGGAUUUAGGGAGGACGGGAACAACCCCCGUCUGAACAGAAUCGCUAGAGAGGCUCAAGCUAUUGUGAAGACGGAAUACCAGCCCACAGUGAUCGAACCUGCCGAACCCAGUGAAAACCAGGAGGAGGUACUGGAUCUGAGUGCAAACAGUCAAAAUGACUCUGCUUCUCUAUCAAAUGUGCAAGAGACCCGAUUGGUACUGAAGCCCAUAAUGUCUAAACCUGCUAGAAAAGAUGAACCAUAUGUCCCCUGCAUAAGAGGCAAACAUGCUCUUGGUGAUCUUGUGCUUGUUGCACCCAAGCAAGAAAGCGCUGCCACCAGUGUAGCCCCUGAGGUGCAGCAGGGCUUAAGAGUAUGGAUGUCGCCUAAAGCGAGAUCUGUGACUGCUAAUUCCUCAACGUCUACCCCUGGAUCAUCACCUCGAUUCUGUAAGAGGAGGAAGAAGAUGAACAGACGUUGGUCAAAUUCCCGGGGAAGAGAGUGUAAAACUGCAGCAGCCUCCUCCACAGUCGUCCACAGCCCAUCACUGACAGGCGCUAUGCAACCGGAGAUGGAUGAUAUAGAAGGCCUGCUGUUUGUGUCGUUCACCUCAAAGCAAGCUCUUGAGGUUCAUGUCAGGAACAAGAUGGUCAGUACCUCAUCGUCAGCAUCUCCUGCUUCCCUAACAACCCCAGCACCACCGACACAAACAAGCGACCAACUGAACGUGAAUCCAGAGACCGAUGAGGAGAAGAUGGCUCGUUUCGAGACUGCGUUGCUGAAUGAGCUCAGAGUCCACAAACACAGACAAGUUAUCCAUCCCGUCUUGCAGGAGGUGGGCUUGAAGUUGAGUUCCUUAGACCUCACUAUGUCCAUUGACCUGCAGUAUUUGGGUGUUUCCCUCCCACUACCACCUCCAGAACACAGCAAGACCACCACUGUGUCUCCUGGUGAUGAGGCACUACCCUUCAUCUCCAGAACGGGAAAGACAAGUGACAUGACGAAAAUAAAGGGGUGGAAAAACAAGUUCGUAAAAGCCAAGGAAACAUCUUCUUCCAACGGUGAAGGAUUACAAAAGAACCUCUCUGCCUUCUGCAGCAACAUGUUGGAUGAGUACUUGGAAAGCGAAGCUCAGCAAAUCAGCGAGCGCGCCGCUGCUUUCUCUACAAACCCAGAAGGCUCGGUGUCCUAUCAGCUGCCCGCUAAAAGCUCCAGCUAUGUAAAGACCCUGGACAGCGUUCUCAAGCAUCGAAAGGCUCCUUCGAAAUUCCCGGUGGGGGCCAACAGGCCUUGUCCCCUAUCCCACAAACCACUGCUCUAUUCUGCUCUGACGUCACCUGCUCCUCCGCUGGCCACGCCAGCAGCCCCCCAUCAAGCAGGAGCUAAAUUCACAUUCCAGGCUGCGUCCUCGCUGAGGCAGCCGAGUGAUGCUUGUGGUUCUAGUAAUACCCAGAAUCAGGGAGUUUCACAGAGGUUGUCAGAGAUGAGCUUUGGUCAGAACCAGGGGCCGAUGUCCAAACCUUCGGGGCUCACCAAGUUCCAGCACAAGCUGCUGGAAAUGGAGACGGCAGCUUUGAACCAGGGCCUCAGCAGAACACAGCUGACUACAGAGAGGCUGUCAGCUGCUCUGACUGUGUUACUGACAAAACAGACGCAGCCCAGCCAGAUCUUGAAAGUACCCCCUUCUCCAAAUAAAGUUGCUGGACCUGAAUGUGGUCAAGAGUUCUGCAGACUCGGCUGUGUGUGUUCCAGUCUGCAGCACCUGAACAGAGGCCAUCUCCACUGCAGGCGGCCUGAAUGCAUGUUUGGCUGUGCCUGCUUCAAACGCAAGAUCACUAAGCAGACGUCCACAGGGGAGAGCCAAGAACAUCCUGUUUACUCGAUGACUAAUAUGGAACAUGUGUUCCAGCCUCGCCAAGGCUCACAUGCUAAUAAACUGUGGAAGUGUAAUGGCAGCGAUGAGGAUCCAGAAGCAGUUUUUGUUCCAAAAAUUGCACCCCUCUAUGUGGUUACACCAAAGGCCCAAAGACGCAACAGUGUAUUUCCACAACCGAUACGUGAAGAAGACAAGGAUCCAGUGUAUAAAUAUUUGGAGAGCAUGAUGACAUGUGCUCGUGUAAGAGAGUUCAAUAGCAAGCCGCCUCCUCAAGUCACCAUAGAGCCUAAGAUCUUUGCACCAAACGCCCUAACAAAACCACAAAAAACCACUGACAAGUACUACAGCACUUUACCAACUGUCAACAAAGCAGGUGAAAACGCAUCUCAGGAAACUGCAUGUAGUGAAGUAGGAGCAAGGAAGCAAAUACAGAUCCAGUCAGUGUGUCGGUGGCAGAACGACCAGAGGAUGAUCCUGGAGGCUUUAUGUCAGCGGAUGAAUCGUGAUCAGCUUUCCCAACGUUUCUACAUUGGUCCUUACCGCAUCUGGCCAAUCAGCAAGAUCAUUAUGCGGAAGCCCAGCGGCUCCAUCGUCACCUACCAGGUGCAAAUUAGCAAACCAUCAAAAGCCAGUGAUUGUGAUGAUGAUGAUGAUGAAUGUGACAGUGAUGAGGAAAUGCAUACCAGUAAAGGCCUUGAUGAGAACACUGAUGCAGAGGAGGAAGAUGGCCAAAUCGAAGAGCCGCAGAUGUGGUUUGGAGUGACACCCUUUCUGAGUGGAGUGAUGCCUGCAGGAACGCUGAGAGCCGAGAGAAAACCUGCUGGUUACCAAGCACCUGGACUUAUACAGGUAAAUGGCAAAUCCUACAAUCAGGCCAGACUGCAGCUUGGAAAGAUGGGAUCUUUGCAUCCAGCUAACCGACUUGCUGCCUACGUCACAGGACGACUAAAUGCUUCAGUUGAUGUUCCUCAGAAAAAUUCUCAGAAAUCAGACUCUACACAUAAAACCAGCACUCCAAAAACUGGCACCGUAAAAGUUGCAAGCUCAUUAGUCAGUCCAAGUAUCGCUGCAAGGAAAACUACUGAUCUGAAGACACUAACGCCGUCACCAGUUUUCUUAUUCCCUCCAUGCCUCCAGAGCAAGGGACGCAUCUCAUUGGGGCAACAGUCACAGAAAUCAUCCAACAUCAGCUCUGUCCAAUCACUUUCCUCAGGCCAGCACAACUCAGACUCUUCCUUCCAGAGCAGCUCCUCCUCCUCGCCUGUCUCACUCACCGUCUCACAAUCACUGAAAAGCCCCAGCUUUUUAGGACAGAGUGGAACCUAUUCUUUCAGGAUCUGCCCUCCGUCCAACCAGGGCACCGGAGGACAGAAGCUACCUGGUGUCUCCCUGCCCGGGGGCUUUACCCUCAUUCAGCUCCCAGCGCCCGGAGCUGAUGAUGCAGCACAACAGUCAGGACAUCUAAAAGCAUCAAACAUGGCGAACAAUGAUGUCCUGUUACAAAAAGACAGUGCAGCUGGGUGUCCUGCUGCGGACACAGUGAACGCAGUCAAGAGCUCUUUAAGCAGCAAAUUAGCAGAGCCCGGCUCCUCCCCUGAGCUGGUUUGUGAUGGGAAGAUCCCGUCAGACGAGGGCGAUGAGGCCAACGGCAAGCAGGCAGAAUCAAACCUAGACAUCGCUUCAGACACAAGUUCCUACUCAUCAGACAGUGAAGGAGAGGGAGACGAAGAUGAUGAGACGGUGGAUGUUGAGACUGUAGAAGAAGUGAAACAACAGAUGGCCAUCGCUAAACUGAAGAAAGCUCUUUCCAAGGGAGUACUGCAAUCACGAGAUUCCAGAGAAGAUUUGGGAUCAUUUUUGGAACUCGACUCCCAGGAUCUCAUUGAUUGUGGUGAGACAAAAACUAAAAGGAGGCGCGAGAACCACACAGUGCUAGAACGGCUGAGAAGAUCGGAACAGCGAAACCUCUUCGAUAAACUCCAGGCUGUCCUACGGAGUGACCCAAGAGCUCCCAGGCUCCGCCUCCUGUCAUUGGCCCAGAAAGAAAUUCAGAGCCUGGUUAGGACCUCCAAACAUCUAGAACAGGCAAAGAAGAUGCUGACGCAGAUGCAGUCGGGCUAUGUAGAGACACUCUCUCAGUUGUCUGGAAAGUCUCAAAAUGUGAUCAGGCACAAACUAAAGGAGGUGUGCGAAAAACAGAAAAGGAAAGAGAAGACGGUGAAGUGGACGCCUUUCUUUUCCCACCUGCUACAGUCCAGAGCCGCUUUACUACAAGCCAGUGCUCCCAAGUCUAACCCCACGCCCUCAUCUUCAGUACAGCCUGACGUCGGGGCUCCUUCUCAGGCUAACACAGCCACAACUCCACACAAUUUAAAAACGAUGAUAACCCUGCUCCAGCCUCUCAUGCGAAAAGCUCCAACUGAAUCCUGUCCAAAGACACCUGUAUCUAAACUUCUGCCUCUGCUGGUAUCCUCUCCAGCUCAGGUUGCGAACGCUGCACCCCGGUCCCAGGUGAAAAUUGAGCAAGGUGACCAUGUGGCCUCAGUCCAAGAGAAAAAGUCUCCAUCAAACUUAGAAGUCAAACAGAAAGCUUCUGGAGAGCCAGACCAGGCUACUGGUUCCCACAUUUCCAGUUCCCAAACAGAUCAGCAGUCUCAAGACCCGCCCGGUAAAGCUUCACCUCAGGCCCCCACAGCCAAAGAAGGAGCCUCACCUGUAUCCCCAACAGCUAACUGCACCAGCACCAAGGUUCACACUCCAAAGCCUCUGGCUCUUCCUCUUAUUCGCUCCAAGACUGGCAGGCUCAUACUUCCCUCAUGUCUGAAACCAAUUGGCCAAGGCUUCUAUACACUCAUGGUCAUGAAACCCAGGAAGAAUGAAGAGGAAGGUGAUGCUAGCUCUUCAGCUAAGAUGAAGCUAUUUGAGCCAUCAGACGCUAUCAUAUCUGCAUCAGACCUGCCUUUGGAUUUGGAAACUGGGCAUAACCUCAAGAGCAAAACGGCAUCUUCAGAUUCCGAUUCGAAAGUUUCGGGUGUAAUUUCCCCCCAGGCUGAGCUUGCCACCCUUAACAAAUCAAUGUUUGUGCCUUCAGUGGAUCUUAAAGCUACAGAAAACAACAGUGAGGGCAGCACAGGUGCAGGCAUGAGCACAACUCUUCCAGCUGCCCACUUGAGGUUUAAUCGUGUGUGUUCUGUCAAGUCCGAGGCCGAUCCAAGCCUUCCAGAAGCCCGUCGAGGCAGGGGCAGGCCUCGAAGGAACCCUGCAAGUACUGCUGUGGGUGAAAAGGAAAAGUGUAGUGUGAUAGAAGAGACCAAUAAAUGUGUCAGCAAAGGUGAAAUAUCUGUGCUGCUUGAAGAGAAACAAAGUAAAAAAAUUACUUUGGAAGAGACCAAGAAGGAAGCUGAGGGCCUCGCAGGCAAUGUCGGUAAAGUAGCAGAUAUUCCUGUGCCAGUCAAACGACCCAGAGGAAGGCCUCCGAAAAGAAAGUCGGCACCAGUUAAGCGUCCUGCAAGUAGUCCCCUCAGAUCCAGCUCUAAGAAACUUAAAUGCAAUCCCUCCGCUAAGGCAACUGAAAGCCCUACCACCAGGACGUCGAGGCCUUUAACACGCGGUGCUUUAGGAAAAGACUUCCCCAGCGCAAAGAAACGGUCCUGGAUAGACGUAGAAAAAGAACUGGAACCUGAGCUAGAAUUUGCAUAGUUGUAACAAACGUCCUUUCACUACAAAAACGAAUCUACGCUCUGAGAGUCUCACACUGAAAUCUCACUCAUGACUAAAGAUGUCUUCACAUGUGAACUCUGGACUCCGAAUCACAUCGGAGCCUUUGUGAAAGUCGUUUCUUCUCACAUGUACAACACGGCAGGAGGCGGUUUGCUUCAGACACCUUCUCAUUGUUAGGUUUAAGUGAAGGCGCUGCCUGGGACCAUGCAGGUAAGGGUGCAUCCACCUGCCCUCUGUGCUGUUCUCACAUGGGCACAGUUGAUUGAAGCAGGAGUUUGUUUGUUUUUUCUGGGAAGCUGGAUGUAAAAGACUAAUUUGUGUGUAAAUGAACUAAGGAUGCAGCAUCUUUUUCUAACAUCAUCUUCACAGUCUUACUUGAAGUUUCUCUGCUUUCUGCUGAUAUUGGCAGCUCGAGUCACGUGUGUCAAUGAAAGUGUCACCAAAUGUGCCUGUCUGAAAAAGCCAAAGGAUCAGGGCCACGGAUAAUAACUGCUGCUCUCUUCUGAACUCAGUGGACUUCUUUCAUAAUGUAGAGAAAGGCUGAUU